UGGCGGAACAGAGGUGGGUUUGCACAGUUUUGACUGUUGGCGCGGUUAGGAAACCAAGGAAACAAUAACUCCUAGAGCAACUGACAGAUUGGAAAUGUUGGACACAGUCCAAAUUCGGCGCAGAGGUGCCCAAGAUUUCGAGGCAUAUUAUGAUUAUGCAUGCACUAUGCAGGACUCAGUCCCAUUGCCAGCAGUCAAGGCAAACCUGAGUCAAGGGAUGCUUGACUUUAACGGGGAUCGGCUCAAACUGACAGACUGGACACCCAUACUCAACUCUCUGACCAUCAAUAAACAGCUACAACAUGUUGCAGUCAGAAGCUGCUACCAAAGUGGUCUCGGCAUCGGAGAGACAGAAAGGUACAGGGCUGGCAAUAGGAAGAAGAUUCCAGCCAUUCGCUCCAAGGAGAUGACGUUCAAACUGUGUAAAGCACUCAGGGAGUGUCUGACAGCUUCACCAAACCUCAAGACCCUCCAACUCCAUGGUCUUCCAUUUAGAGAGAGAGACCUUAUCACUCUUACCAAGGGUUUAGCCAAAAGUGUCUCUUUGGAAAAUCUCUCUUUGGCUCAUUGUCCUAUAGCAGACGAGGGGUUAGAAGCUAUCUGCCAGAGUGUGAAGUACUCUCCAUCUAUAAAGACAGUGGAUUUCACAGGCUGCAAUCUGACCUGGAGAGGAGCGGAGCAUAUGGCCAACAUCAUCAAGCAUCAGGCAAUGCGGAGGCACAGUGCAGCCUGGGCCGAAUCUCUGAGGUAUAGGAGGCCUGAAUUCGAGGGCAUGGGAGGCCUCCGCCGGGUCACUCUCAACUGCAACACCCUGGUGGGAGACAGAGGGGCGGCCGCCCUCGCACAGGAACUGGCUGAGGACCUCUGGGUCAAAGCCUUGGAUCUGCAGAAGUGUGGUUUGUCCAACGAUGGGACACGGUCUCUGCUGGAGGCUCUAAAGUCCAACUCUACUCUCUGUGUCCUGGAUAUCAGGAGGAACCCCUUGGUGGACAACGACCUGAUGAAGUCCGUGAUCGAAAGAGUUCUCAUGAACACUAAUGGUCAAUCCUCUCAGUACUCAUGGAUCAAGCCCCCAGCCCUCAAAGACUCACAGAAACCUCCAAUCCUUAAGAGAAGAAUACUGGGAAAUACAGCUAGAGGAAAAGCAACAUUUAGGAUAGGUCCUCGCAGGUUGUCGUUGGCCGGCAGGCGGAGUCCAGUUGUUGCCCAGCAGCCACACCCCUGCUCCAGCAGGUGUAUCCCAUGGCGCACUGCAGAACGUGCUGGACGACAGAGAGGACUUCCUCCAGGUAAUACAGUGGCAGAGCAGAGCUUUGAGGGGGCUGCCACUGUCAAGGUGACAAUGGAGACUGAGUCAGAGGAGGAGGGAGAGGAGGAAGCGGUUGAGACAAAAAGUCUGUCACCACUUAGUCUUCAUGAGAGGAUCACUGUCAGACAGUACAGACGUGUACAGGUGGAGCUGGAGGAGUGUCGGCUCAGACUAGCAGAGGAAAGGAGGGCCAGAGUGAAGGCAGACACUCGUCUCAUGGAGUAUGAGUUGGAGAAUGCUCGGCUGCGCAAUAUCAACUUCUCCCUGUCGGAGGCACUGCAUGCUCCUGCUACUGGCCCCUCCAGUAUUCUGGAGGACGAUGCGGUUCUGGACAGCAUCGAGAGCUCCUUCGGCAAGUUCCACGCCUUCCUGGACCUGCUCAAGGAUGCUGGACUGGGCCAGUUGGCCUCCAUGGCAGGGAUUGACCAGUCCGAUUUUGGCCCACCCCAGCUGUCCUCCAGUGUUGGACAGCCUCUUGUUGGGGCAGGGGACCAAGACACGGGAGAUAAGGUUGAUGCGGCACCUUCUGGAGGCGACGGCCCCAAUGCUCCGUCAGAGGGCCAGCCCAAUGGAUUCAUCCCCGGAGCUCCAGCCACCCUCAGAGGGUUAGGGUUAGAGGGUGAACCACAGGAAGUGCCCCCCGUCCCUGCUAGUGAGUUAGCCAGUGUGGCGAAAUCUGGUGGAGAGAAUCAGCAGAAGGAUCCCUCGCCCUCACAACUGGAGGGGCGACAGGUGUCAGGGACUGAGAACAGUAUCCAUAGCAAUGGCUCCCAUGGAAAUGACUCGUAUGCCAAAGGCUCCCAUGGAAAUGACUCGUAUGCCAAAGGCUCCCUUAGCAAUGACUCUCAGGGUAGCGGUUCCUAUGGCAAAGGUUCCCGUGGUCUAAAUUUCUCUCACCAAAGUAACGGCAAAGGCUCACAUGGUUACAGUUUUAAUUACAGCAACUGCUCCUACAGCUCCAUCCACAGCAACAGCUUCCAUAGUAACAGCUCUGUAAGGUCCAGUCUGAGUGACAUGAGUGAGCGUUUGGAAUCUGUUGGGUCAUUGGGGUCAAAGGCUUUUGGAGAAGGCAGGGUAGGGUCAGGAGCUCAGAGGUGAAACUCUAUUCAGAGUUUGAGAUGUUGGAACAGAUCUGCUCUCUAGGGAGCAUGGGUGGUGAGUCUGAUGAUGGGUUCUGAACCCACAACUCUGCCCCUUGAGUGUUUUUUAAAAAUAUGUUCAUGUUAUAUCUGUGUUUACCUUGUGCCAUUGGUGCCAUAUUGGAGUACUAUUAAAAGGUUAUUGUGCUAAUGAUGCCUAAUCUUAAAUGUGAUUUUAGCCUUUUGUUAGAUUAAUACUUUUUGGGCUUUUUAGUUUUUUUUUUUUUAAACUGACAUUUUUAUACUGUUUGUAAAUAUAUGUAUAUAUUUUCUACAAUAAACUUUGUUUAAAAAAGUUUAUAUACA